AUGAGCGAAGAAACUAAAGUCGUUCAAACUGUUGAAAGCACGGAGGUUGUUAAUAAAUAUCAAAUGGCGGCGGAGGUUUCAAAUCGCGUGCUUAAAAAAAUGAUCGAAUCGGCUGUUGAUGGUGCAAGGAUUAUAGAUCUGUGUGCAAUGGGUGAUAAAUUGAUUGAUGAUGGAAUUGCAUUUCCAACGUGUGUGUCAGUAAACCACAUUAUUUGUCAUUUUUCACCAUUACCAUCGGAUCCGGAAGGUUCAGAGGUUUUAAAGAAUGAAGAUUUGGUUAAAAUUCAAUUAGGAGCUCAAGUUGAUGGAUUUGCUGCUAUAGUUGCUAGUACUUUUGUUGUUGGAGCAACCAAAGAAAAGCCAGUAGUAGGAAGACUGGCUGAUGUUUUAAUGGCUGCACAUUUGGCAUCAGAAGCUGCUUUGAGAUUAAUAAAACCAGGUUUAAGUAAUAUUAAAGUUACCGAGACAAUACAGAAAAUUGCAAAAGCAUACGGCACAAAUUCUGUAGAAGGAAUGUUAUCGUAUCAACAAGAAAAGAAUAUCAUUGAAGGAAAAAAACAAAUAAUUCUUCAUCCUAGUGAUGCUCAAAAGCGAGUUCAUGAAGUUGUUGAAUUCAGUGAGAAUGAAGUUUAUGGUGUAGAUAUAUUAAUUUCAACUGGUGAAGGAAAGCGAAAGCCAUCAAAUAAACGUACAACUGUUUAUAAAAAAACUGAAAACAACUAUUCACUAAAGAUGAAAACAGCCCGUUUAAUUUUCAAUGAAAUAAGUCAAAAAUUUGGUCCUUUCCCAUUUCCUUUGAGAGCAUUAGAAGAUGAAAAGAAAGCUAGAAUGGGAAUACUUGAAUGUUCUAAUCAUUCAUUAGUGACACCAUACGAAGUUUACCAGGAUAAAGAAGGUGAUUUUGUUGCACAGUUUUUCAAUACUGUUCUCUUGACAAAAAAUGGAUCAAUCAAGAUCACAAACACUUUAUUCAAUCCAGAAGUAGUGAAAAGUGAUAAGAAAAUAGAUAGCGAGGAAAUUUUAAAAUUGUUAGCUGCUAAUUUAAAACCAAGUAAAAAGAAAGAUAAGAAAAAGAAAGCUGGAGGUGGUGAAGGUGUAGAGACAGCUUCUGCUGUAUAA